CCCUCUUCCUUCUCGCCGUUCUCGCCCGCCAUGGGUUCCGGUGAAGAAAAGCAGCCUUUUAUCGACCACGACGACGAUGACCCGGAGGAUCCUCCGGUUAAGCAGAUGGGAGAUGAAGCCCUUAAGCGGCGGACUGAGUCGGAGAUAGAAGAAUUGGAUAAGGAUGCGAAGAGCCCACCAAAGAUUGUGACAAAGAUAUGCUCUGAGACUCCUGGGUCCCUUGACACUCCUGUCACCCGCCCUGACUCUGAUACCGAAUUUCUUCUGAAAAUCUACGAGAAGAAAAUACAAUCUUUGAAAUCCCACCAUGAAGCUCUGAUUGACAGGUCAGACGGUAUUUCCAACUCACUUCAAAACACUAUGGGCCAGUUGCUUACAACUGCGACUUCCUUGUCUAUGAUCGAACCUUUUCUUGAUAAAGUAUUGAACCGUAGAGUGAGUGGGAGGGUGUCCUCAUCCAUCUCCUUCCUGAUGUGCUUUCAAUGUUUCCUGGGGAUUUUCAUUGGCAUAUUGAAAAUGAUUGAAGUUUACAGAGAAAUAUCCAAACUUGUCAAGAGAAGAGCCAAGAUUGUAUCAGAUUAUUCAAAAUUUAAUGAAUUUGCUCCUAAGGACGCCGAAGAGAUAAAGGCAUGUUCUAGCGGCUCUGCUGCUGAUCUUUCAAAGAAGACGAGGCGUGCAGCUGAAGAUAUGGAUUUUGAGCCAGAAUCAGGGCGUUUCGAAUCUAGGAAGAAGAGAGCAGCUUCAGGUUCUGUUUCUGGGGUUCCGAAGAAGAAGAUGAAGGUGAAUGAUGCUGCGUUGCGUUCUGGUAUCCUUGAUCAUUUGGAUCCAACCCAGAGGCUCAGUGAAGCACAGGAAGACGGGGAUGGAAUCCAGAACCUUUCAAUUUUGUACUGCCUCCAUUUUGCUUUAACCUGCUUGUUUGGGUUCUUGCAAAUCCUCAAAUUGACGUUUUCACCAUUCAGUAACAAGUAGGUAGAGACAUAUCCAAGGUGCAGUCGGAGGUCAUGAAAGGGAGCGCAUUUGGUGGAGAGGAGAGGAAGAUGAUAUGCCUGGAUGAGAACUUCAUUGCCUAAGCAAAUGUGUUUUUGAGAUGAUGACUAUUAAAAAUUACACUGUAUGUAUGUAUGUGAUUCUAUGGGCCCUUUGUUUUUUUUUCCUCCUUCUAUGAAUAUGUAGGCAUCUAGAGUGCACACUGUAUGCUGUGUUGUAUGUUGGAUUAUGGGCAAGCAUCAACAUGUGUUUUUCGGUAAGUGGAAGAGGUUUUUGUUGCGAUUUCAGACCCGCCGAUCCGGUACGAGCUUUAAUACAUUGCUUCUUUUUCUUUCUUUUUUUGCACUUUAUUGUUCAGCUUUAAACAUUUUUUUCACACUUUUUCUCUUAUAACAAUAUUCUUCUACUCACUGUUUUAUUUUAUAACAGAGUAAUUUUUAAUCCUUGCAUGCGAAAUUCUUUCUUUAAGGAUGAAAAUAAAUUAGAUAUUUCAUUAGUGAAACAAUAAUAACUCCAUCCAUGUUUUUGCAUUAUAUGUUUACACAAAUAUAGUUAAUUAAUUUCUCUAUUCUAUCAAGUAUAAAAAAAUAUCCAAGCAAGAUACCGUACAACCGGGUGUACAUGUACACUCGCUAAAAAGUCCUCAAUAGAUAGAAUUUGUCGUCUUGGAUUUAAUUACCAGAAAUAAGGUAGCUUUCCUCGGUGGAAAAUCAAUGAUGUUCCAAGGUUUGGAUAAAAAAUGAAAACAAGUUUUGAUAAAGUGGGGGAAAAAAAUGAAAAAUUAGUUUUGUUGUCACUCUUAGACUUCUUUUACACUCCUGCUCUUCACUCUUAUGAAUGGCGAAAAAAACAUGAUGAAAAGAAAAACUUAAGCAGCCUUUUUUCACAGAUGUUUCGUCACUUUGCAGUGCAGUAAAGUUUUUUUUAUCCAUUCAGUUCUAAAGGUACUUUUUUCCAGUAUAAAACCUGAAGCACCCCGUUAUUUUGAUCUACCGGCUUAAUUGCACAUUGUUUCAUUGGGGUUGCAUCAUAGUGCAAAACAUCUGGCCGGGCUGUAUCUUGGCAGCACUUUUUAUCCAUGCCUAAACGUUUUGUCACGGGAAAUUAAAACUACCGUCCGUGCCAAAAAUCGUGCCAAAACCGCAUUUUUUUUUGUAGUGAACUUAAAGUUCCAAUGCAUAGAAGAAACAAAGAAGAAUCUUUAGGGUUGAAUUAUAAAUUAAUAACUCUUUUGCCUUGAAUGACUCACUGGAGAUCUAUUUUUUUAAUUGUUUCUUCUUUCCUACUCAUUUGUGUUACAUAUUUAUUUAUAAUGCAAUGUUCUCCAGAUGGGUUCCUACUAUCAAGAUUUUGCUCAUAUGUUGAAAACAUGUUCUAUACUUGGUUUCAAUAAUUUACUUCUUCUCUACUUCAUGUUAUAAAAAUGUCUAUAACAUUCUACAUGUUGUCUUUUUUUCACAUGUUUUUAAUAUAACGUGUAUUUCCAUACAUUUUCUUAUUUUAAACAUUGCACAUGGAGAACCCAUUAUCUUACUUUCUCUUCAACUACGUACAAUAUGCAGGUUCAUGUUAGUUCUCUAAAUAUUCAGAAAAUUGUGCUUCCCAUACUAUUUUUUUUAACCACUUUCACAGUUUCUGAUUUGAAUAUCCUCAAUGUUGUUGUACUCAGCUGCCGGUGUAUUAUUUCUGCUGCUGAUUUUCUUCGUCGACCAGGUACUAUGUUUGAUUUGGAAUUGGUUUGAUUCCUAUUCUUAGGACAUAUUGAUCUACGUUUGAGUAAAUCCUCAUUCUCUUCAAUUCCCUCUGAGCACCAAUACCCUCCAAUAUGCUUAUGCUUCAAAUAACAAAGUUCAAUAUAGAAACAGAAUGAAAACACAGAAAGGUUGAAGAUGGUGAGGAGAAGGGUCAGGAAGCAAGUGCUUUAAAUGUGUUUUCAA